GUUUUCUGGCGAUAAAAAGUAUCCACAAAUAAUCUUGUAAUUUUAAGGAAAAUUUAGAAUCAUUCAAAAGUAUACAUUUUCGAAAGUGCUGCACAUCGUAUACUAAUGAAGAAUAUGACCACGGCCGAAGCCGAACGUCCCGCUGCCAGUGGCAGCAGCAGCAGCUCCACAGCCAAUCAACGGGGUGUCAGUCGCGUACUCGCCAAGUUGUCGCAUUCGUUGGCGGAGGGAGAGUUCUAUGAGGCGCAUAUGAUGUAUCGAACGUUAUACUUUCGCUAUACGGCCCAGAAGCGUUACGAGGAUUGCUUAGAUUUGCUAUUUGAUGGCGCCCAAAAGCUGAUUGAAAAGGAGCAGGAAAGCAGUGCGGCCGACUUGUGUUUGUUGCUAUUGGACACACUGGAAAAACGGGGACCAAUUGACGAGGACACGGACAAUUUCCAAUGGGUGCCUCGACUGGGCGCAUUGAUACGUGGCCUCAGUGCAAGCACUGUGGAACGUGAAACGCUAAUCCAACGCGUUAUUAAAUGGAGCACUGGUGUGCAUGGCCAGUUUGGACAUCCGGUCUUGCAUAAGCUGAUUGCGCAUGUCUUUUGGACCGAGGGCAACAUUGAGUCGGCACGUCAUCAUUAUUUGCUAUGCCAGGAUGGCAGUCUCUGUGGACGUGUGCUAAUUGAGAUUAGCCAGAGCAAGGGCUUCCAAAGCGAGAUUGAUCUAUUUGUGGUGCAGGCGGUUCUGCAGCAGUUGUCCCUAAAGGAUCGUAAAACGGCCGAGGACACGUUUAACGAGUAUACGCGUUACCACCCAAAAUUAUUAAGGCACGAGUUUCCCUACAAGGAGCCAUUGAUCAAUUUCCUAUACUUUCUGUUUCGACUCAUCGAUAUGAAGAGUGUAACGGGUUUUCGCGCUCUGCGCAAGCUCUAUGAUCCUUCCCUCAAGCGAGACACUUCGUUUAGCAAAUACUUAACGAAAAUUGGUAGUUUGUACUUUGAUGAGCAGCCGGAACAUGUACACACUGGAGCCCCUGGACUUGGUGGCAUGUUUGGCGACAUUUUCAAUCGUCUGAUGCAAGGCUUCGAUGACGAGGACGAGGAGCAAAGCAGACCCCAACGACAACGACAGAGCGCCAACAAUGAACUGGACUAGCAGGAAUCAGGCAUAAAUAAGAAAUCAAUGGCAAAUCUAGAAAUUGAAAAUUGGCAAAGUCAAUGAAGCUCUUUGCUACUAAUAAAUACACCGGGCUUUCUUUAUAAUGUUAUUGUAUAUUUUCUAAACUAAACUUUACUCGCAACUGCAAUAAUACACA